UAUUGAUCCCCUUCCACUUUCUUUCCCUUGCUUUUUGAAGUCGCUCUUUUGCAUGCGCUUUUGCCCGCUGUGCGUGUUUGAAGUUCCUUUUCAUUCACUACCUUGUUGGUCCUAUCGACACGAUCCUUCCUCGGUUUUCCUGGCGAUUGCAUAGGUCUACUUACUGUACCUACCUCUAAAGCAUUGCGCUUCCGGUUGUCAAUGGCACGGCAAAAACAAGCAGCGCCCUUGCAACGGGCUACUUCUUCCGAGAUCAUGCAUGCUCCGCCGAACGAUUCGGAUGCGCAAGUGCUCAAGCAGCAGAAUGGAGCUGCUGGCGCGAAUGGACAUGUUGCUGCACCGAAGGAUGCGGCACAAGAUACCCCCGGGUUGAUGCAGCUUGCGGUCUGUGUCUUGGGAAUCUACGCUUCUUUCCUUUCUUGGGGUGUCCUCCAGGAAGCCAUCACCACCGUCUCCUAUCCCGUUCAACCUCCGAGCGCUGAAUUGCCCGAACCGCCCACGGAGCGCUUCACAUACUCGAUUGUCCUGAACACGAUCCAAUCGACCUUUGCAGCCAUCACCGGCUUUCUUUACCUCUUCUUCUCCACGCCGUCCGGCCAAAAGGUCCCCUCCAUAUUCCCUACCCGGAAGAUCGUCUUUCCCUUGCUCCUGGUCAGCAUCUCUUCUUCGCUCGCAUCCCCCUUCGGAUACGCUAGUCUCGCCCACAUCGACUACCUCACAUUCAUCCUCGCCAAGUCGUGCAAGCUGCUUCCUGUCAUGUUCCUCCACUUGACCAUCUUCCGCAAGCGCUACCCGCUUUACAAGUACGGUGUGGUCCUCCUGGUGACACUCGGCGUAGCCACCUUCACUCUGCACCACCCAGGCACGAGCAAGAAGGUGGCCGCCUCCGCGGCCAAGGGACAACCCGGCUCCAGCAUGUGGGGCAUCUUCCUGCUGUUCAUCAACUUGCUUUUGGACGGUCUCACCAACACCACCCAAGACCACGUCUUCACUUCGCCGCAGACUUACACGCGCUUCACGGGCCCGCAGAUGAUGGUCGCCCAGAACGUGCUCUCGACUCUCCUGACCAGCGGCUAUCUGCUGGUGAUGCCCCACCUCUCGGCCACGGGGCUUCUGCACAAUCUCUUGCCGUUCCCUAUUCCCCCGUCCACGGAGACGGAGCUGACAGGCGCGAUCGGGUUCCUGUCGCGCCAUCCGGAGGCAUUGAAGAACGUGCUGGGGUUCGCGGCGUGCGGAGCGAUCGGGCAGCUGUUCAUCUUUUACACGCUGUCGCGGUUCUCGUCGCUACUGUUGGUGACGGUGACGGUGACCCGCAAGAUGCUUACGAUGCUGCUGAGCGUGUUCUGGUUCGGACACUCCCUGUCGGCCGGACAGUGGCUGGGGGUGCUGUUGGUCUUUGGAGGCGUUGGCGCCGAGGCUGUCGUGCAGCGACAAGAGAAGAAGGCGAAGGAGAAGGCGCGAGCUGCCGCUGCAGCUGGAAAGAAGGAGUAGUUGUGCUCUGUAUGAGUAUUUACUCUGCUUGAAAGGACU